AUGGCUCGAGCACAUGUCGAGGGAAACUGGAAGACACAUCCAUCACGCACUAUGUGGGCAUGGAGGAGAGCGUGUGAUACGCUACGGGGAGAAAGAAAAUUAGGUCUACAAGACCACCAAGUCCAGAGGUACUUCAAGAAAGAAUUUCGACCAUAUCCUCACUACAUCGUGUUUGAUUUCGAGGCCCUCUUGCUCCCUCUGAAUCAGCGACAAACAUCCGAUCUAACAUACAUCUCGGAGCAUGUACCGGUCAGCGUCGCCAUUCACGAUAGUCUGAACGGAGAUCCAACGUUCUUGGAGCACGAUGAUCUAAAGAUCUUGGUUGAACGAUUUGUGGAGCAGCUUGAAAAGAGACACGCCCUCAUCGUGAAAGAGGUGGAGAGAAUGUACCCGAGACCUGAUGAUUUUGACAUGCUUCCAGACAAGACUCAGAAGGCAUGGAACGAGUGGGUAAACCAAGUGGCUGUGAUCGGUUUUAACAGCGGAAAGUAUGACCUGAACAUGAUCAAGCGGUACUUUGUCGAUCAAAUUGCCAAAGACGAUAGCAAAAAGAUCAAAGUGGCGAAGAAAGACAACGACUACAUGUUCCUCACGACCUCAAGAUUUAAAUUUCUCGAUAUCAAAAAUUUUAUAGCUCCUGGCAUGAGCUACGACGAGUGGUGCAAAUCUCUGGAUUGCAAACUCAAAAAGCUGGUGUUCCCAUACGAGUGGCUGACGAGCUAUGACAAGCUAAAUCACGUCGGACCCGUGGCGUACGAACACUUCUACAGCAGUCUUAUUGGGAAAAACACCCUCUCUCCUAAAGAGUACGAAACAUUCCGUGCAGAGUUUUACAAGCGAGGCUGUGUCACCAUGAUGGACUGGUUGCGCGAGUACAAUUUAGCCGACGUGGAACCUUUCAUCGAAGCCGUGGACAGGACAAGGUUGCAGUACUACGACGACGAAAUUGACAUCUUGAAAGACGCGGUAAGCAUUCCAGGUGUAUCGAUGCGCUACGUCUUGAACAAGUCUCUACGAUUGAAUCCAAAGUUAGAGCUCUACGCUCCGGGGGAGCCGUGUAAACACAAGUGUAAUAAAGACUGCUACCAAGGAUCUUGCAAGGCGUGCAAAAAGGUGCAAAAGGCUUGCACUGAGUGCACGAAGAAUGAAGCCUACGAGCUCUUGCAGACGGGUAUGGUGGGAGGGCCUGCCAUCGUGUUCUGUAGGUACCACGAGAGAGACGUGACGGGUAUCAGAUCUCACAUCUAUGGUCGAAACAGUAAAAAGUGCAAAACCAUUCUUGGCUAUGAUGCGAAUAUACUGUACCCGAGUACGUUGAUGCAAGACUUUCCUUGUGGGAAGAGGAAGCUGAUCAAGAUCAAAACACCCACGGUUAAACACAAUCUCGAGCUACUAACACAAGGUGUGCAAAAUGGAUCCCUCUUCGGUUUUGCGCAGGUUGACAUCGAAUUGCUGAAGGAGCUGUAUGAGAAAUUCAGUGAGAUGCCUCCACUGUUUGUCGUGAAAGAGAUACCCGACGAUCAAAUCCCUGAGCACAUGCAAGAGUACCUAAAAGCAACAGGGCAAAAGCGUGUUCAAGGUACGCGUAAGCUUCUAGGGUUGAUGAAAGCUAAAAAGAUCUUGUUGUACACUCCGGUGCUAAAGUGGUACCUUGACCAUGGCCUGAAAGUGACUGCUUUUCACCAGUUCAUCAAGUACAAACGAGGUAAGCCAUUUGCAUGGUUUCCGAAAGAGAUUGCGGAUGCACGACGACAAGCGGAUAAAGACCCUGACAAGCGUAUUGCGGGAGAUACAGCCAAGUUGAAAGGUAACUCAUUCUAUGGAAAAAUGAUCGAAGAUCUAGCGAGGCACGCUAAUACUACGUUUACCAGAGAUGAAAAUAAGGUGGAUGCAGCAUUGCGAUCGCCGUACCUUGAAGAUCUUGAAGAGAUAGGAGAUGCGUACGAGAUCAGAGAAGGAAAGAAAAAGGUGCAUAUCGACAGAGCAUACCAGUGCGGCAUUGCGGUGUACCAGCUGGCCAAAUUGCGCAUGCUGGAAUUUUACUACGACUUCAUUGACAAGUACGUGGAUCGUCGAGACUUUGAAUGCAUUUACAUGGAUACGGACAGUGCCUAUUUUGCCAUCUCUGGAGAAGAGUUGCGAGAUGUUGUUCGCCCUGAACUGCUUGACGAGUACGAUAAAGACGUGAAAAACUGA